AGUCUGCGCGGCCGAAUCAGUGCGCGACACCGGUUACUUUACCGAUCAUCCUCGAUGAUUUAUCAAGGAUCGUGAAGUUUUCUGUGAAACGUGCAAAAGACUGGAGGAAAAGUUGAUUCCUGUGAAACAGAUAACGAUGUGCAGUAACGAGAGUCCACCGCCAGCGAAGGAACCGUUGGCCGUCGGGUUAGGUAAUCCAAUGGCCGGUUUCUUACCUGGACUCGAACACUACCGUCUUCAAUUGUACCAUUACGCGAUGGCGGAGAGGCUGAGGUUAGCACAACAAUUGCAUCCUCAGCAUCCAGGAGUCGGUCACCCGCCUUCGAGCGCUCCGACCCAUUUGGGCAUGGGUCCUGGCUUCCCAGCACCCUUGCCACUUUAUCCAGCAGCGGCUGCUGCGGCCGGUUACCCCAGCAGAUUGGCUUUAUCCAUGGCUCUGUUGCAUCCGCAUCAUCAACGGAUACCCGAGGAGCCGAAACCGCAACACAGUUACAUAGGUCUGAUCGCCAUGGCUAUCCUGUCUUCCCCGGAAAAGAAGCUAGUCCUGUCAGACAUAUAUCAGCACAUCCUCGAACAUUAUCCUUACUUUCGUACCCGUGGUCCCGGCUGGAGAAACUCCAUCAGGCACAAUUUAUCGCUGAACGAUUGUUUCGUCAAGUCCGGCAGAAGCGCGAACGGCAAGGGUCACUAUUGGGCGAUUCACCCAGCCAAUCUUGAAGACUUUCGCCGUGGUGACUUCAGAAGGCGCAAAGCUCAAAGAAAAGUGCGUAGACACAUGGGUUUGGCGGUGGACGAGGAGCCGGACAGUCCAAGUCCACCACCCUUGCCAGCCACACCGCCUCCGCCUGCGACCCUUGGGUCACCGGUCGCCUCGCAACCGAUACCAGGAAUCUGGUCGCCUCAUCAUCAUCAUCCCCAUCAUCAACAACCGCACCAGCAGCAGCAACAACAGCAACAGCAUACGUUUCAGAGCCAAACGUUGCGGCAGUCUUCCUCGUUCCAACCGUCGAGAAAGAGGCAGUUCGACGUGGCGUCUCUUUUAGCGCCGGAUGAUCAACACCAAAUCGAAUCCGACCUAAGGUCGGCUAAAUUGAGAAGGUUCAGCUGUAGCGAGGACGAGUUGCACGAUCUCCAGGAAGCGGACCAGGACGAGGAAGACGUGGACGUGGACGUGGUGGCCGAAACGAACGCCCUGCCGUCGCCCAAUACACCUUCAGCUAGUCCCGACUCGAAGGUCGUGUCUCCCGGCGGACAUUGGACCAAUCAGGCCAUACAAAACGCUAAUAGUCAGCAGAUAUCCGGACUGCAUCUUCAGAAUCAUCUGCAAGUGAGAAGUUACUACGUACCGGCCAGCUCGAACACAGGUCCCAGCGUCUAAUGGAUCGUGUCGGAGUGUCUUGGACUCGAUGAUCGUUUCCCGUCGGUCGAUCAUCCGGCAAUUACUGGAAGGCUGUUCGAUACGCGACUGCUGGAAAUUCGCGUAAGGACGAACCGCGUCUGCCACCGAAGCCGACGAAAGUGACGAGUUUCCAGCUUGGGGAUCUCUUCAACGGGAUAUCUUUUGUGCCAAAUUGAAAAAACUCUAAAGUUCCUUUGAUUCGAACGUUAGUAUAAUUACAUCGUUGUACAUACGGUCAUUUUGCUGCUCGAUUGAAUUGAUUACUCUCGGAGGGAAUCCCCUGCUACAUCCUGUUCGCUCUCGUCGGUUCAGGGAUGAAAAACUUUUCUGGUUCGAUUCCGGUACAUGAACUUGUGUAACAGAUGUUAGACAACAAGAAACAAAAAUAUAUGUGUAUUAUAUUAAAUGAAUGUAUAAGGAUGAUACGUGUAGCUGGAAGUUUGAGAUUAGAAUUCCACCGCGUGCUCGCUGUGUUAACCUUUUACGAUAGGUAGAAAUUUUAGAGAAAACGUGAUUGUAAAUCUGAGUCGAAAUAUGAAUUCUAGUUUGAUCUUUUAAGGUCUCAUUUUCUCUGAUCUUUAUAUUUUCUGUAUAAGUAAUACUGUUAAUUAAAAUUACUACUAAUUGUUAUGAUUCUUUUUAACGUCUCUAAGUCUUGGCAAAUUUGCAACUUCCACUUCUAACUUCAAAGACCUACAAAUAAUUAAUACUAUAAUUAAUACUGUAAUAUUGUAAAUAUUAUCUAGGGGUCGAAACUGAACUCGAACGAUAGCCAUCGUCCAAAAAUUUCAGUUUUGACCACUGGGUCCAAACUAGAAUUUCAAUUUCGACUUUGGAGAAGUUAAUGAGAGUCCAAGUAUCGACGCGGAAUCGAUACUUAUUAUAUCGUGCCAAUCGUGGUUUUCUAUCGUCAAAAAUAAUUCGUGUAAAUAGAAUGAAAAACCACGGGAUGUAAUUUCGUACAUUCUUUUCUGUUCUCUCCCGUAUGAGAUUCGAAUAUGGGGCAUUACAUCAGACUGAAGUGAACCGAUCUGUUCAAAGUGUAAUAUAGAAUCGUUUGAAAGUUUUAACGAUAGCUCGUGCUAAUUAUAACCCGUAUCGUUUUCGUAUAAACGUUUACGAAGAUAUAAUCUGUGCAAACUUUCGCCCCCCCCACCCUUCUUGUAUGUAUGUAUGUAUAUGUACGUGCCUACGUAUAUUUGAGAUGUAUCAUGGUGAAGUAAAUGAGACAAAAUACACGAUUUUUUAAAGAUUACCUCACGCAAAUGCAACAGAUAUUGUCGCAAAAAAAAAAAAAAA